CAAUUGCUGUUUUUCCAUAGAUCUACGAAUUAUCUUGCAGCUCGACCAGUAGCUGUCGUCGAUCAAGCCCAUUUCACUGUGAAGGAUAACAACGAAUUUCAUCUUGAAGGAGAACGACAGUAUGUCCGGCGAGGAGACAGUGUGAACAUCACUUGUCCUGUCUUUGGCUAUCCAACCCCAGGUAUCAAAUGGACGAAGGAUGGAAAGCCAUUGGGUGAGUUCAGUGUAUUUAUGUUUACAUGA